AUGAUUGCGGAGCCGUUAAUGACCACCCCAAAGCUAGGAGCUGAAGCGCUCGGAGAGCUCUCCCAAACUGAAAACAUCAUUCUUCCAAAAGAUGUUAAUCCCGAUCACUUCCUCUAUUCUUCCAAAAAGCACAUUCUAGUAUUUUUUUUCCUAUUAAUUCAUAUUAUGGUGGUGAUCAUUUUAGGCUGCUUAAUAUGUACUCAUCACGCGAAUACUUUCAUCGUUAUUUUGAUGAUCAUAUCAUUCUUCACUUUGCCUCUUUCUCUGGUUGUUCUCACAUACUUUCUUGGAGAAGAUUACAUACUGGACCUUCUUGAUGAUGAUGGCAAAAUGAAUUUGUUGGUAGAAGUCAUUCAUCAUAAGCCCAACGCGGACAAACGCACAUGGGACCUUAUUGCACAUAAUAUGAACCAAUUUGCAUACGAUCAUGGUAAAUAUUGCGAUAAGUCACUUUUCUAUGAUGGUGAUUGUUGUUAUAGAGUCUUCAGAUCAUUAGCAAUUGUGCCAUACGGAAAUAACUUAGACAGAAAUAAUGAAAUUGUAGAUCAUGAAGUAAGAAGUACUCACGGCACUGCAAAUACCAAUGAAAGGUGUCCUGAGAUGAAUUUCGAAUUACGAACUUAUAUUCUGAAAGCAUUGGCAGUUUACAGGGAAUCCGUUGAUAGUUAUUGGGCAAAUAAAUAUCCAGAACUCGCAGUUUGA